CUUUAGUUGCAUGCUCAAGUCCCGUUCUCUGGUCAAGUUCAGUGCGUUGUUCUCCGGACCGGACGGACGCUUCUUAUUGGUAGGCAGCGACAGUUACAUCACGCCGCUCAUGACGCGCACGUCUUCCUGUUUCCUUCAGCCGCGUCUUAAAGUGAAUCUUAGUGGCGGAGGAGCGCUCCAGCAUCCAGUCCUCUGUAUCCAGUGCGCCUCGGAGACCCACACACACACGCAGUCUCUCUCUCUCUCUCUCUCCCUCUCUCUCUCGUAUUCUCUCUAUGUCUCUCACUCUUUUAGUCACAGCAGAGGAUAGAGGGAGAGACCGCCGCGCAAGAGCUCUUUUCAUCUUCUAUAUUUUUCCUGUUUCGGUCCUUUCGCUCGUGCCGCUGACUUUAUUCCAGCUCUUCCUUCUUUGAGAAAUUGUUAUCUCCCAGUAUCCAACAAUCCGCGGUGCUUCUGCGUAUAUUCUCCUUUUUUUUUUUUUGGCCGUCGGAGUUCAGGUUGUCCCCUCUUCAUCUAAAGGGUACUUGAUCCCAGAGGUUUUCGGGAUAUGGCCCAAUAGCAGCAGCCCGUGAUGCCGGACCAUGACAGCGACUCCCUCCUGAACAGACAGACCAAGCGAAGACGUGUGGACAUUGGUGUUAAGAGGACCGUAGGCAGCACAGCUUCCUCCGCAGCAGCAGUCACAACAACAACCACUGAUAGCAUUGCCCGCGCCAAAGCAGCCAUUUUCAGUGCCAUGAACUCUCUGAGCUCCCACUCUCACCACGGAUCAGACACCGACUCCAUGGAGUGCUCUGUAGUGCAGCCACAUGGUGGACCUGGCAUUGUGUCAGCCAGCGACACUGAAUCCAAGUCCAAUGUACUCCGAAAGCUACUGAAGAGGGCCAACUCGUACGAGGACACCAUGAUGCCCUUCCCUGGCACCACCAUUAUCUCCCAGCUUCUCAAGAAUAACAUGGCUAAAAAUGGAGGAGGACUUGAGAGGGGAGAAAGAGGGGACAGGGGUGAUAGAGGGGAUGUCGGCUUCCCCGGUUCAGGGCUCUCCAAUGCAAGUUCAGAUGCUCCCCAGGAGGAUGCCUGCAGUAACUCCUCCCAUGAUAGCACCCCUCAAGAGUGCUUGUCCCCCUUCGGUCGUCCUGGCCUGGCCACCUUUGACAUUGAACGUCUAAAUGAUGAACAUCUGCGUGCCAAGCGAGCCCGUGUAGAGAACAUUAUACGUGGUAUGAGCCACUCACCCAGUGUGGUGGUACCUGCUGCUUCCCGUCAUGAGCGUGACCAUGAGAUGGAUGGAGAUCACGAGAUCGAUCUAGACUGCCCACCCCCUCAGUCUCAGCAGCAGGCCCCCAGCAGCCCACGGGGAGGCGAGGUUUGCAGCAGCAACAGCCGAGAGAACAAGCGUAAGCAGCGUCUGCCUCAGCAGCAACAGCAGAGCUUCACCCAGCUGGUGUGCCAGAGAAAGGAGCAGAAGCAGGAGGAGCGACGGCAACUGAAGCUGCAGCUGGAGGACAUGCAGAAACAGCUACGUCAGCUGCAGGAGAAGUUCUUUCAGAUCUAUGACUCAACCGACGACUCGGAACACAACGACCUCCACAAUGAGCUCAACAAUGACAUAGGAAACAUGUCUGAAGACAGCCCAGCCAGGUCUGACACCGGCGGCGAUGACCGGGGUGGAGAUGACUUGCGCUCUGACAAUGAGAUGUCCGACCUGGACCCAGGCCAUUUCCUGGACAGGGCGCGGGCCUUGCUUCAGCAGCAGGCCUUGCUCGCAGCCAGAGACAAGCCAAGAAGAGAGGGGCUCAGCCGGAGCAAAGGACAGGGAGGUCCAGGCUCCUCCAUGCACGCUGAAGGUAAACAGUUGGCAGAAACACUGAAGCAGGAACUCAAUUCAGCCAUGACCCAGGUAGUGGACACAGUGGUUAAGGUGUUUGCCAAGCCUCCACGCCCCACACCCCAGCAAGCCUUCCCCUCACUUUCCAUUCCUCCUGAAAGAUUUCCCACCACUGUCAAUGGAGACAACCCCAACUUCCACACCGCCAACCAGAGGCUGCAGUGCUUCGGAGAUGUCAUCAUUCCCAAUCCACUAGACUCCUUCGCCAGCAUGCCCGGGAUGCCAGGUCCCACCAAUGACCAAACUGAGGCAAUACCCUUAGUCGUGAGGAAGACAGCCAGUGAGCACCACCACAAUCACCACCACCACCACCAGUCCUCAGCUGUGGGUGCCCAUGGCGGGCACCACCACCCCGUCCUUCACCCCUCCUCACUCUCUGCCUCCAUGGGCUUCAGCCCCCCAUCUUUUAGACACCCUUUUCCCCUGCCUCUCAUGGGCUACCCUUUCCAGAGUCCCCUUGGUGGGCCCACGGGUGGCUACCCAGGCAAGGACCGUUCCUCUCCAGACUCCAUGGACCUGUCCCGGGAGACCACCAGCCUGAGGACCAAGAUGGCAUCAGCUCACCAUCUGGGCCACCACCACCACCACCAUCGCUCUUGUUCACCAGUGCACCCUGGCAGCACAGCCGAGCUUUCCCUGUCCCUCAUCAAGUCUGAGUGCAGUGACCUCCAGGACAUGGCUGACAUCUCCCCCUACUCAGGCAGCAAUAUUCAAGAGGGCCUCUCCCCCAAUCAUCUGAAGAAGGCCAAGCUCAUGUUUUUCUACAGCCGCUACCCAAGCUCUAAUAUGCUCAAGAUGUUCUUCUCUGAUGUCAAGGGACAAGCUUCAGUAUUUGGGCCAGUCAUGUGCUGUGGAGUAGCGGAGUUUAAUCGCUGCAUCACCUCCCAGCUGAUCAAGUGGUUCAGCAACUUCAGGGAGUUCUACUACAUCCAGAUGGAGAAGUUCGCCCGCCAGUCCAUCAACGACGGAGUCACUGGAGUCGAGGAUCUGGGCGUCGCCCGCGACAGCGAGCUCUUCCGAGCCCUCAACAUGCACUACAACAAGGCCAAUGACUUUGAGGUCCCUGAACGCUUCCUGGAGGUGGCAGAGAUCACACUGAGGGAGUUCUUCAACGCCAUCGUGGCCGGCAAAGACGUGGACCCGUCCUGGAAGAAGGCCAUCUACAAGGUCAUCUGCAAACUGGACAGCGAGGUCCCCGAGGUCUUCAAGUCCCCCAAUUGUCUCCAAGAGCUUCUACAUGAGUAAAUUUCCCCUCCUCCUCCUCCUCCUACUCGCACGAUGCUUUGGCUUCAUUUCUCUCUGAUUUCAUAGAUUUUCAAAAUAUUCUCUUUUGUUAUUUUCCUUUUCCUCAACUUUUCCGUUGAUUUCCUGUUUUUAAAAAAAAAAAAAAAUUAUUUUUGAAUGUAUGAAAGUUAUGAAGUAGCAUUCCCAAUCUGCAGCCUCCGUGGCAGUUCCUAAACGACCUAGCUAUUGUCUUGCUGUUCUUAUAUGAUAAUUCUCAUGAUGGUUAUUAUUUGUUUUGUUUUGUAUGAUUCUGAACUGAAGAGACUCUGAUCUUAUUGGGUGCUUUUUUUGGCCGGUGUGAAAUCAUCCGUUUGGCUUGUUUUAUGAUCGACACUAACAAAGUCCUCAGUGUGUGGAAGGAGUUCCUAAGUUCCCAUUUACACUACUAAGAACACUGCUGGGUUCCCUAAAGACUUUCGAUUGGCACCCAGGGGUGUCCCUCCAAUCCAGUGGGUGUCCAAAUGAACUGUCCUCGCAAAGCGGGUGCCCAAUAGACUGUGCUACUGAUGAUGUCCCCAACAGGACAGUCACACGCACACACAUGCACACGAAAACAAGGCCUAGUGAGGUUAUUGACUGGACUAAGACUGGACUCGGUCUGCACUAGUCUGUGGGACUUGGACUGGUUUCAAAUAGCUACUGAGCUCUACCAUGUUUUGAAGUGUGUUUUCCCUGCAGAUAGGGCAUUGUGUUUAUUGGGUGUACAUUAUUAUUUAGAUUAUUAUUAUUGUUGUUGUUUAUGAUUAUUAUUAUUUGUCAUCACUGCUUGCUGAAGAUUGGCACUUCGAGAUGUGUUUGUCCCUUGAUGCUGUUGCAGAAAAAAAUAAAUUAUUGCUAUUAAUAUUAUUACAAGAGUUUAGAUUCUGAAAUAUUUUGCCCACCCCCCCCUUUCCCAUCCCUCUCCUUACUUAUGUUUUUGUUUGUCCAUCUCUGAAGUGGACUUUGGUUUGUUUAUUUUGUUUUUUUUUUGGUGGUCUGGGGUAACUUGCCUGGAAAGUGUUUCUAUUUGGGAUUUUAAUGGAGGGCCAUCAGUGGGCUUCUCUAUACGCCUGUAGUCACUAGCCUUUCCUGCACAGGACCAGUCUGGCAGUGGUGUUGGAAAAGAAGUAAGGCGGCAGACACCCAUAAUUAAACGUGCAGAAGUAUAGAAAUAUGCAUAAGAUGUGAGGCCUUUUGGUGCGUGACCUGCUGUUUUUGUAUGGCUAAAUUUCCAUAGCCACUCCCGCUUUGAUAACUAAACUGCUCCCACUAAAUGAGCCAUUUGUCCAGCUAUCAAAUAAAUCGUAUUUGUCGAAUCAUCUGUUCCAGAUUGCUGAACAUACACAAUAUUAAUAACUGCAUAGUUUUUUGUCUUUUUACAGCAUUGUUCACUAAAUAGCUUGUGUAUGAAAUUAAGUCAGCCUGUUUAUAUGGCAGGCCUUUAUUGUGAUUAGCCUUUACGAGGUGUAAAUGGCAUUAUGAAGUUAUUUCAACAGCAGUUGAUACUUGAAUAUAUCAGAAUACUGUGGCAGUCUAAAGUACAGUGCUGCUGAAACAGUAGAUAAUUGAAAACAAAACAAAUAGAAGCAUCACAGAGAGGAAGAUUAUUAAAGAAGGGCAGAGAGAGAGGUGAAUAUAAGCUGAAACACAGUUCUUUAAUUCGGCUUCAAGUGGAACUUCCCCCACAAACAACACACACACACACACACACACUGCUGCUUCCCUCGAUGUUCACCUGCCUUUGAGUGAUCUAGCUCCUCUCUCAAUGCAACAAUACAAGGUCGGAGGUGAGCACUCACCCCAGGGGUAGAUGGAGAAGCUCUCAGCACCACAAAGAGCGGGGACAAAGGCACAGAGUGAGGAGCAACACGCACCUGAGACCCUCUGCUCUGGCCCUCCGUCCCAAAACUGGCAGCUUUUUAAGACCCAACGUGUGAUUCUGCUGAAGCCACUGUGCCCAGCUUGUUAAACAUCAUUCCUUUCACUUUUACCUGGGAUUCUAAUCCCAGAUUUUCCACUUGCAGUUGCACAUGACUUUCUAGGGCUGGCUUUUAAGAAUAUUUAGAAGCAGUUAGUGUAAGCUGCCCUUUUGAUGAGGUAAGUUUGAGGCAAUGACUUUAAUGCUUUCAAGAGUGCGUGCGAGCUAGCUGUUGAUCUCACCUUGGCGACAUUAUCUUAUGGUGUGUCUGUGUGCGUGUGUGUGUGUGUCACAAAAGAUCAAAAGGGGCAGGUUGCUUAACCUGCUGACUUGUCUAAGCGAGACAAAGCGCCUGACAAAAGGAGGCAGAGAAAGACAGAGAGCUACUCCCUUCAUUAUGUCCCCCCUCUCCUCCUCCCCGAACAGUGUUCUUAAGAUCCGGGAGUCCUGAGAGAGUGAGCCGGACACAUUUCUCACUGAAGGACGGGCUAGGCCCUGUAUGUCUCAGAGUCUCAAAGCACCAGCCAAGGGCUCUAAAGCACUACAAACAAAAGAGAAAGGAAAGGACACUUUUAUCUGAUGCACAGAUUAUUAUCGCUCCCCAUCCUCCACCCUUCCUGCAACCCCGCCCUAAAGUUAGAGUUCCUGCGCCUAAAAAGAUUAAUUCAGGAUAAUGAAGACUUAUGUGCAAAAAGGAUUAGCAAGACCUUAAUACCACGUUGAAAAUAUUUUUGUCAAGUUUUUCUUCUCUGGGGAUCGUUUGAUUUUAAGGAUGACAUUAUUGAAAUACAUAUAUAGCCUUUUUUAAGAAUUGUAAAAGAUAAAUCUAUGGGAAAAAAUAUAUACAAAAGUUCCUUGAAAGCACUGUUGUUAAAUUGUUUCAUAAAAUAAAUCUUGAGGGUAUUUUUAGUGACGGCUUUGUUUAAAUCUGUAUUCUGACUAAGUGAGUUGUUGGUAGAUUAGGAGCAAUAGUUGUAGGUUUUUUGUUUUUUUUGCAGAUUUUGUGACCAGUUUUUUCUUUUGGUUUCUUUACCUUUUUUUGUAUUGUGCUGAAUGACUGUCUUCUCAAGAUCAGAAAACUAAACGUGGAAUCUGUUUCAGAGUAUGAAAUGUUGUUGCUUCUGUAAAUACUGUCAGGAUGAAACAAAGAAUAGCUGUACAGUUUUUCUAUUAUCACUCUGAGUGCUAAAGAAGGGUGAGAGUGGUUUGAAAAAAAAGAAAAGUGAAAAAAAAGAGCGAUGACCCGCUCUCACCAACCGGACUCAUAACCACUCUUCCAAAAACCCACAGAGGAGGAGAGGGUUUUCUUUUUUUCCCCCCCUGCCAUGCCUUUAACGGGGGCCUGUUUCCCGUCGGCAGUGCCCUUGAAGUUGCACCAGCAUCCGUUUCUUUAACUUUCGCUGACAGAACGAUGCAUUAGACUAGCGGUCGGGUAAUGAUGAUGUCACAGAGCGGCCCGUUGGCGGGACCCAGGUCUCGUCCAAAAAACGAGGGCAGACUGCCUCCGGCGUAUAGCUCUAGAUUUGACCCAGGAGAGAGAGAGACAGGAACUCAUUGUCAUCAGAAGACUAGUGUCAUGGAGGGGGCACAUGUUGUACAGUAACAGUUUAAAAAGAGAAGUGAUUUAUACCCUUUUUUACCGGGUUCAAACGGUCGGGAAAAGUUUGGACUUUUGUGGAAUUUCUGUACGCUUUGCAUUUUGCGUGUGUAGAUGUAUAUGAGUGUGUGUCUGUGUGAGAGAAAAGACCGAUUAUGAGAACCUGUGAACCAGUGAGUGACACAAUUCUCAACACUGUGGCCCCUCCCCCACCCCUGGGAUUACCAUCCUGACAUGUAAAUGAUUCUCAUUAAGCGUUGGCAACGUGUGUUUGGUGUGCGUGCGUGUGUGUGUGUGUGUGUGUGUGUGUGUUGCGACAAUUUCCUCUGAUCUGUUUUCUGACCUGUUUGAAAGGGUUAUUUGUUUCUCAAUGCUUUCAGUAGUCUUUUUUUAUUAUUAUUACAUUGCUCCUCUUUUUUUUGUAAAUAUCAAUGAUGUGGACUUACAGUGAUAAAUACUGCCUUUGUGUAACUUAGCAAUAUGUUAUGUAAAUAGUGUUUUGUUGAUGCUUUUUGUAUGACAUUAUUAUUCAAUGCUAGUGCAGUAAUUCCAACUGGAACAGCCAUGUUUCAAUUACAGCCUGAAUAGUUACACAGGUUGUAAAAUAAAACUCAUGACAUGGCUGUUUUUUUUCUGUUAUUGGUGUCUAUUUGUCUUGCAGAUUUUGUGUAAUUUAUUGGUUUAAUUUAUCCUAAUUUAUUUGAUGUUGUUUUCUUUUGUUUUUCAAACAGGGAAGGCUGUACUGCAUUUCAUUAAGUAGAACCAAUUUAAAAGAUUUUAAUCCUUAUCUACCUAAAAUUGAAUUAAAAUUGUAUUCUAGCGGGCUCAUUCAAUUGAGAUAAAUGAUAAAAUGGAAAUCUUGGCAGCUAAACGGAACUGGACAGUUUUGAAGAAAAAAAAAGGUUGUUUUGUUUUGUUCCGGGAUGGGGCCGAGGGUGAGCUAGAAAGCUGACACUAAGUUUGAAGCAGUUUUGUAUUUUCUCUUGAGAUUUUUUCCCCUGUAUUGCUUUGGCCCAGCCCAAAAACAACCAGUAGUCAAAUUGCCUUUCGUGCCUUCACCCUCUAUGAACUGAAUGUAUGUGCAGUAUAUAUGCAAGCUUGUGCAAAAUGAAUAAAAAAUGGAAAUAAAAAUGAAAAAAUGUAGAAAACAUCUGCUGUUUGUGGUUUAUUUAUAUGACUUUCUACAAGGUACAUGCACAAAAAACUGUGUGUGUGUGUGUGUGUGUGUGUGUGUGUGUGUGUGUGUGUGAGAGUGAGAUGAUUGAUAGAUCAUUAAUAGAAAGAAAGUAAUUUGAAUGAUAUAAAGAUACGGUAUUACCUGAUAUAUCCUAUCUUUUUACUCAACUUUUUUUACUUACAGUACAACUGCAUCACUGACUACAGUUUAUGUAUUUACUGUACAGUUAUUUUGUCUCGUUUGAGUGAAUCUGCGCCGCUCUGCUCUCUGAGUGAUUCAAUGCAGUAAUGAGGGGUGUGUGGGGGGGGACAGCGGAGCAGCAACCUCCCAGCCGAGUUUUCCUUACAGAUGAACAAUCGCCAGGUAC